AUGUCCGCCCGAAUUUGCAUGUGUCUCGCAUUGACCAUCUUUGCAACUAUUAUCUGUGCUCGAGAUGCUGACGGCGACGACGGGGACCGUGCCGAGAGCGGCAGCGACGGGGGAGAUGGCGGCUCAGACAGCCAUCCAGCCUAUUAUCACAAGAUCGUAAUCGCCCACGCCGUCCUCGCAAGUGUAUCAUGGGUCAUAUUCUUCCCCCUCGGAGCCGUACUCAUGCGCCUUCUGGCCGGGCAGAAAACCACGCGGAUCCACGCGGCCAUCCAGGUAUUCGCAACCACCAUAUAUACUGCUUCCGUCGGUAUGGGCAUCUGGAUGGCACAGAUCACAGAGGACCUGGACUCGUAUCAUGCAAUCAUCGGCCUGGUCAUCUUCGCCGUGAUCUGGCUUCAGAUUGUUGCAGCCCUGGUGCACCACUUGGCCCUCUUUCCAAAGUACAGGCGCCGAACGACACUGGCCGUCGUCCACAUAUGGCUGGGCCGAAUCCUGAUUACGCUGGGGAUGAUCAAUGGGGGGCUGGGUCUGAAACUCUCCGAGGAUGCCGAACGAGGAGAGUAUAUUGCAUACGGUGUCGUCAGUGGCGUGGUUUGGCUGCUAUAUGUUUUGUUGAUCACAUAUUAUGAGAUUAGAGCACCUAGGAAGAGUCUUGAGGAGCGCGGAAAGUCAAGAGAGAAGAGGGUGUUGGAACACAAUUCCGAGAACAGCUCUAGGAACCGAUCUUUGUAG